ACUUGUCAGAAGCCAAGAAUAUUACCGUAUCACUUAUCUUCAUAACUCAACUUCACCAGGAAACAUGGACAAAGGUGUUACUCAAGUUGCUGCUCUUGGUCGACCUUUUACCUUAGGCAUGCUAUAUAAUGCUAACAAAGAUCAAAUCAUCCCAGGUGUCACUCUGUGGGAUGAAACGACCCUACAAAAAAUGAUCAAUGAGACUUCUCAGCAUAGCAGUGAUUUUAAAAUCACCUCCUCUGAUUCCUUGGACAUGAAGUCUAAUCUGCUGGAUGUGAAUGCCUCUCUAAAAGCCAGUUUUCUGGGCGGUCUGAUUGAAGUCGGAGGAUCUGCAAAGUAUCUGAAUGACAAGAAGAAAUCCCACAAUCAAAGCCGCAUAACCUUCCAGUACAAAGCCACCACCGCGAUCAAGCAGCUGAACUUAUCGGCUGAUGAAAUGAAGAAGCAGCUGAAAAUUGCUGAUGACAUGAAGCGUUUGGCCACUCAUGUUGUCACCGGCAUCCUUUACGGUGCAAAUGCAUUCUUUGUGUUGGACAGUAACAAGGUGGACACGAAAACUCUUGAGAAGAUUGAGGGCAACCUCCAAGCUACCAUAAACAAAUUCCCCUCAAUAAGCGUGAGCGGAGAAGUUGACAUUAAACUGUCCAAGGAAGAACAAGCUGUGGCUGACACAUUUUCCUGCACAUUCUAUGGAGAUAUGAUUCCAGACAAAAACCCUACAUCCUUCCAGGAUGCACUGCUGACGUACGUAAAUCUGCCAACGCUACUAGGUGAAAAGAAAGAGCACAGUGUUCCACUGAAGGUCUGGUUGAUGCCACUGAAGAAUUUUGAUCCAUCAGCUUCCGAGGUGAAAAUGGAACUGAGUACUGGGCUUUUGGGAAAGGCUCAAAAUGCCCUGGUAGAGCUUCAGAAGUUGAAAAUGAGAUGCAAUGAUUGUUUGGCAGACAGCUAUCAAUUCCCGCAGAUUUCCACAAUGUUGUCAGGGUUCAAGCAGAAGUGUAGCAUGUACGUAGGGAUGCUUCAAGAACUAAUGGCAAAGAAGAUUCCAGGCAUCAGGGCAGGAAAGGAAGACGAGAAAGAGCUGUUGAGAUUCUUGGAUGAGAAAGAAAAGUCUCCGUUCAGUUCAGACAAAUUAAAUAAAUGGAUGGCAAACAUGGAAAGAGAAUCCAAUGUGAUCAAGUCCUGUGUUGAGGCAAUGGACGGAGCAAAGAUCCUCCCUAAAGAGUCUGAUGUUGUUGAGGAGCUUCUGCGCCCCGAAGUAGAGGAUGUCCUCUGCUUCGUUUUUACCUCUCUGGAACCUUCAGAUCCUUAUCUUCAGAAAAUGGCAGAGUACCUGGAGACAAUGGACUUCAAGGCCACAGGGAAUGUCAGUCCAGCCACUGAGGACCUGUGGUACUUCUCAGAAGAAGAAUUAAGAAGAAUAAGAGAAAAAGCCACAGAGAUCAGUGAGCUUGCGGCAGGUCUGAAGAAUGAAGCAAAAUACAGAUUUGUAGUAACGGCCAUGAAAAACACGAAAUACAAAGGAGCGACAAUCUACCACUACAGGAACAACAAACUGAUCACGGAAGAUUUUAAAAGACCCAAUUUUGUUAAUGUAGAAAAAAUAACAGAAAGAAGAGAUCUCCUGUGGUACGCCAGCAGCCUCAAUAUGGAUCCAGACACGGCACACCCAAACCUCAUUCUCAAAGGAACCAAGAGUGUGACACACGGAGGCAGGCAGUCAUAUCCCGAUAACCACCUGAGAUUUGAAGAAGUCUUCCAGCUUAUGUUCAAAGAAAGGCUGACAAAGCGCCACUACUGGGAGAUGGAGCUGAACAUUGAUAAAGGUAGAGAUAGCGCUGUUGGUGUUUCUUACGAAGGAAUACUCAGGAAAGGAGAUUUAAAUGAAUGGAAUACCAUUGGUCUCAAUACAAUGAGCUGGUCUUUGGGGUGGAGGUGGAGAAAAGACUAUGAACAACAACCCACAUUCUACAUACAGCAUAAUGGAAACUGCGCAGAAAAACCUGUUCCCAAGAUCGGCUUGUCCUGUGUUGGCGUGUAUCUGGAUUGGCCCGCUGGUUCUUUGUCGUAUUAUGCAGUCAGAGGUGAGAAAGUGGAUCACCUUCACACUUUCCAUGCCAGUUUCUCUGAGCCCGUUUACCCAUGUCUGAAAAUGUGGGGGAAAAACAGCUAUGUGGGCCUGCGUCUGUAAAGACAUUUUAUUCAGUUUGAAACAAAAAAAUGGCUCAAACAGAGGUGUGAGUAAUGAAAGCAAAAGUUUACUAGGUAAUUUACAACAAUCAAUCAAUCAAUCAAUCAAUCAAUCAGUUCCAAACUUCUCAUCUCUUUUUUGGACUUUUGAUCAUAAUUUAUGUAUGACCCUCAUGUCCCUCCUCCGUAGUUUUUUACUGUCACGUUAAAGUGUGACAGUUUUUAAAAGGCCUGUUUGCCUAAAAGCUGAGAAUAAAUAAGCGAAGGUGAAAAAAAAAAAUUCUCUCCAGCAGACAGGUUCUGACCUGCAGUCCGUGUAACUCAAUGUGUCUCUCCUUGCCAGAAAGCAAGUAAUAAAUCUAAAGAAAGUCGUUAUUUUUUUGUGAGUUUUUUUCCUCUCAGUAACAUAAUUCUUCUUGUAAGGAAGUGGGUGGAAACCCAGUUGGGUUUUCAGGCGAGGGACUUGGCUGGGCUUGGAGUUGCUGUCAGUAACGGAAUUUGUACUGCAGAGGUUUUUGAAACGGUUCAGACUCCAGUAAAACAUUUACUAAUUGCCAAAUAAUGGGUUUUUUUUGGCUCAUGGAUUGUUUCUAUAAGCAGUAGAUACCCAAAUGAAAGGACAGAAACAGGCAAAAAAGAACAUUUUGCAUAAUAUGUCUCCUUUAUCAUUAACUGUACAACUUUAAAACAAUUGCUUUUUGUGCAAGAAACGACUGCUUGCAUCUUUCUGUUGACAAUCGGAUGAUCUUCAUGUUUUAAAUGCUUUUUUGUUCAUUUAUCACAUCCAUGGGAUAGAUAACUGUGUAUUGUCAAACAUACUUGUGAUCUUCCAGGAUUUUAUAUAUGAUUGACAUUGGAAAAAUAUAUGAUGUUGCCAUAGAUAUUGAUUUCAUGUUAUGAUUUAUUUUUUUUUACUAUUUUACAGCUUUGGUGGGGGGUUUAUAGUUUUUGCGGUGCUUGAUAAUCAGUUUUUCCUGUACUCGUGUUAUUAUUGAUUCUUAAUGAUUGGUUUACAGUUAUGCUUUCUUUGUUCAUUUCCUGUCACACAAUGUGUAUGUUUGACUAUUUUUGAACAACAUGAUUGCUUUUGAAAAAUAAAAAGUUAUAUUAUCACUUCAUUCAUGCUACUGUUCUAAUGCUUGUAGUCUAAUGUUGGCAAAUCUAAUAAAAAGAAUGCAAAUAAA